GCAGCGACCCGCUGAGACCGACCUAGGUCGCAGUUGGCCUUUUUCUUCAGCCCAGUUUCAAAUCCUUUCCUAUAUUCCGCAUUGCUGCUGCUGCUGGUGAAAAAAAAAAAAAACUUUCGUCCCAGAUUGUGUCCGAGAAAGGCGGAAAGAAAAGAUGUGCUGAAAACAUGAGGACCUGUUGAAAGCUGAAAAUUUGGUUUGAGAGAGGGCCGUGAAAUCAUUGUUUCAACUGCUGCACAGCAGCAUUCCGAAACAAUGGGAAGUUUGUGCUCGAGGAAUCAACAAACCCGGGUCGCGGGUUCGGUUCUGGACCGCGUCAUAUCUCAGGCAUCCUCGGAGGACGAUUGUCUACUGUACAAACUAGCAAACUACCUCGGAGGCGGAGAAUUACUAGACGCAUACAACAUCGGAGGCCCAAAAGAAGUGGAAAAGCUGAUUGAGGAACAAUUUGGCAUUUUUCUUUACAACAACGGAAAAGGCAAGACCAUAACGAAAACGGAUUAUUUCAAAUGGUUCUGUCGAGGAAGAGGCAGCUCGGUGUCGUCACGCGGAUCCGGGAUGACGUCGUCGCCCUCGGGCACGGCCCUGGAUGCGGAAUCCGGGCUGCUCUUGGGCGUGGAUGCGACCAAAUUGCGCAACGGGGAUUCCCCGGGGAUCAACAGUCGCAAUGGGGCUUCCAAGGGGUCUGCAACCAACGGACAAGUCGCCCUCAUGGACGGCCUGGAGAGUCGGAGAGACAGUCUGCUCCAGGCCUUUGGGUCAUUCGAGUACCACGGACGUUGGGGCAAGCGGCAGCUGAUUAGGAGUGUCCACGACCCUCUGGUGCAUUGGACAGACCAUCCGGCUUGUUGGCGCAUGGAAUACCGCGGGGCUCUCGGGGAAAGUCUCCUGCAUGUUCUCAUCAUGUGCGACACCAAGAUUCACACGAAACUGGCCAAUCUCCUCAUCAAAAUCUUCCCUCGGUUGGCACUAGAUGUCGUUGAAGGGGAAGAGUAUCUCGGUGCAAGUGCUUUACAUUUAGCCAUAGCUUACCACAACAGCGACUUGGCAACGUCAUUGGUGGAGUGUGGAGCGACCAUCAACCAAAGAGCCAUUGGAAGCUUUUUCCAGCCGUACGAUCAGCAAUGCUCUCAACCACUGUCAGAAACCAGCUACGAUGGUCUGGCGUACCUGGGAGAGUACCCCUUGGCUUGGGCAGCAACCUGUGGCAACGAAGGUGUCUACAACUUCCUGAUUGAGAAAGGAGCUGAUGCGGAUCUUCAGGACUCUCUGGGCAACAUGGUUCUCCACGUCCUUGUGGUCAACGACAAACUGGAUAUGUAUGGAUACGCCCUGAGGCACCCAAAGCGUCCGGCCAAGAACGGAAUCCUCAACAACAACGGACUCACGCCUUUGACUCUGGCAUGCAAACUCGGUCGUAAUCUCAUUUUUCAAGAGAUGUUGGAGUUGAGCUGCAUUGAAUUCUGGAGAUACUCAAACAUCACGUGCUCGGGAUAUCCUUUGAACGCCCUGGAUACCAUUCUACCAUCUGGGAAAACGAACUGGAAUUCCGCAUUGAUGAUCAUCAUCAAUGGCGACAGCUCGGAGCACUUGGACAUGCUGGAAGGAGGCGUCAUUCAAAGGCUGCUCGAGGAGAAAUGGAAAACGUUUGCCAGGCUUCAGUUCUUGAAGCGUUUGGUGAUCGUCUUCAUCCACCUUCUCAUGCUCACUGGAGCAGUGGCAUUGAGGAAAGGGGAAUACCAAGACGCGAACGAGAGGAUCUCUGCAAAGAGAUCCCGGAAUUCCUGGCGUUUCCCGACGACGACCCCGACGCCGAUUGACGAUUAUGACGAAAUAGAAGAAGGGGUAGAGGUCGUGAGGUACACAUUCGAGAUCGCCACAUUGCUCGGAUGUCUUUCCUACAUAUUUGUUCAGCUCGGGGGAGAGAUUGCCAAUCAGGGUUUCCCGGCAUUCAUGCGCAGUCUGCUCGGGGGAGAGAUUGCCAAUCAGGGUUUCCCGGCAUUCAUGCGCAGUCUGCUUCAUACUCCUCCGAAGGCAAUUUUCCUCCUGAGCAACUUCAUGUUACUGGGCUGCGUUCCGUUUAGGGCUAUAAAAAUAUCUCGGGACGGUAAAUGCGACUGGUGCACCAAGUGGGAAGACACUGUGUUGGCGGUUGCUGUCCCUUGUUCCUGGUUCUUCUUGAUGUUCUUCGCCGGCGCUGUGAGGUUGACUGGUCCAUUCGUGACGAUGAUCUUCAGCAUGAUCACUGGAGACAUGGUCACCUUUGGCAUCAUUUACACCGUCAUCAUGCUGGGGUUCUCUCAAACUUUCUACUUCCUUUACAUGGGACACGAAGACCGGAGCGGAACAACGUACGCCUCUUACGCCAGCACUUGGAUGGGACUGUUCCACAUGACUUUGGGCGAAUAUGACAUGGAUCACGACAAAACGAGUUACCCGGUGCUGACGACAUUUGUUUUCUGCGUGUUCAUGGUCAUGGUGCCCAUUUUGCUCCUCAACAUGUUGAUCGCCAUGAUGGGCAACACUUAUGCCAUGGUCAUCGACAGGAGCGAGAAGGAAUUCGUCAAGCAGUGGGCGAAUAUUGUCAUCAAUUUGGAGAGAGCAGUUAACCAAAAGGACGCCAAGGAGCAUUUGAUGAGCUACUCCAUCCCACUCGGAGGAAGCGUCGAAGAUGGAACUGCUCAACGUGCAGUCAUGGUGAUCAAAAGCAAAGCCAAGACUAGAGCGAGGCAACGAAAAGGCGCUCUCAGCAACUGGAAACGAGUUGGCAAAUGCACGAUCGCGGAAUUGAGGAAAAGGAUGUGCACUGGCGAACAGUUGAGAAACGAGAUUUUCAAUCGAGAAGGUCCUUUGCCUCCGCCGCCGAAAAAGAAAAAGGGCGCCGCUGCAAUAGCUGCUCAACAACAACAACAGCAGCAACUCGGACAACCCGGUGCACCAGUGCAACCUAUCGUUGUGCCUGCCGAAGAACAGAAACCCGUGGCAGAUCCCUUCGGGAAAAUCGCCGGGAUCGGACACGGCCUCGAACCAGACGAAGAGGACGAAGAAGAAGAAGACGAACUGAAACCCGGCGAGGAGACCCGUUUCUCCAACGCGCUCUCGCAACUCGCCUUCAACGCCGACCUCGACAUUCCCGACGGAACCCCAAACUACGGUCUUCCAGCCGUGCUGGACGAGACCCCCAGGGACGAAAACGGCGACCCUCUGCCCUCGUUGCCUCUGACCGGAACUGCUGGUGCUCCGAACCCGCAAUUGAUCCCAAAUGCCCCCAAGCCACCGGUCGAGGAGCCGUGCAAAAAGUCCUACGCUCCGGGUUCUCUGGCUGUUCCCGCAGCCCCGCAAACCGUGGUCGUUGCACCGGCUGACCCAGCUCAUUCGGUCCCAGCUAGUGUGAAGAUAGUGUCGGAGGACAAACGUCAGGCCAUGGCCAAUAAGAGAAGCAAGGAAGACGAGGCCCGUGAGCGGAGACGCAAUUCGAGGAAGAGCUUGAAGGAUAAAUUCUGGCGACCGAAGGCACCCGCCAAGUCGCGGCUCUUCGGAUUCCAGAUGAAUCCUGAGUACCACUCGUCGUCCAUGGAUGCCAUCUUGGACUUUGACAACCCCGGGUUUUCUGAUGUAUCUUACGACUCAGACAGCGAACCAGAGGAUUCACAAGAUGGCGCUGCUGCAGCGGCUGCGAGGCCCUCGGCAGGAGCAGCAUCAGUCCAACAGUCUCAAAGCAGCAAGACCUCAAGCAUCGUGAUUGAACAUUUUUUCCUCAUCAUCAAACCAUACGUGGAAGCAGCUCCAGAGAAGUUCACUAAGCAACGCGUGGCGGAGAGCAAAGUCGCAGCAGGGGUGUCCCUCCAAGCGAAGAACUUGCAGGCGCAACAAAAGCAGCAAAUCCAGGCAGCCAUGGACUCCAGUACAGCAGGAAGUGGUACUAGCAAGAAAACCAAGGAUGACAUCGCCAUCAAUCGAGAAACAGCGGAGAAACAAAAGAAGAAAUCUGAGCAACAGAAGAGAGAGCGGCCCUGGACUGCGGCACAACAGCGCAAACAGGAACUGGAGGAGCAACAAACGGAAACUGUGCAGUCUCUCACCCACGUGGUGGCCUGGGAACAGGACGACGGAUUUUGA